AUGGGGUGCGUGACGGCUGCGGCCGUGCUGGUGACCCUGAGCGCCCUCUGCAGCGUUGUGCAUGGAAGCCUUGUGUGGACCUCGGAUGUGACCAUGGUUCCCUCCGCGCCGGGCAGGCGUGUGCACCACGUGAUUGUGUAUCGCGAUGCCCCUGGAACCGUGAACAAUCGGAGCGAUCCCGAGGUCCUGCUGGUAGGGGGCAUGGUCGCAUUGGACACGCCCCAAGAUGAGGUCAUGUCGAACCAGUCCAUCUUUUUUGCGUACAUGAGCACCUACUACGCCUUUGAUGGUGUUCUUUGGCGUUAUCUGCCUUCGGCUGGAUCCUGGCAGGCCGUGGCCGUUGACACGACUUGCAAUCAUUUGUGCCGCGUUGGUCACCAAGCGGUUCUAAGCCCCGCGGACUACAAGACAGACAGCCCCGUGCCCGAUUAUGCCCUCAGAAACACCGUCCUAUACGUUAUGGGCGGAUUUGCCCUCAACCUCACCAUCGACCGCUUCGCUCUAGUCGACCACAUUGGCUAUUUGUCCGCCAGCUCCACCAACUCCAGUCGUUUAGACGUCGAUCUCCACUACGACGGGCCGGACCGCCUGCGCCCCUUUGCUUGGGCGGCCCGCGCCACCCUCAACACCACCACCUGGGUUUUGGCUGGUGGUAUGACCUUUGAGGGUUGUUACCGCUCCGGUGACGGUGCUUGCCAUGACAGCCGCGACGCGCAAAUGGAGAAUCUGGAUGCAGUCUGGUUGUUCCAAACCACCAGCUCUCCCACCACCCUGCUCAUUCGGCGUCUUGAUGCUGCCAAUUUUCCGGCCGCCAGCUUUAGCAAUAUCGUGGCAUUUGACACCUCCAACCUCUACUUUCUUGGUGGUAUCAACUUUACCGGACCCUUUGACAGUCUCUCCUUCACGGGUUUUGAUGCUCAAAUGGACCACGUCUACCAUCUUCAAUUAAAUGAUGCCGGCACUACGGCCAACGUCACCAAGCUGCCCAACCCGUCAAGCGGCCCUCCGUUUGGUGUUAUCAACGUGUUUUCCUGUGCCAUUCCCAUUGCUGACAACGAGUUUGUUGUUCUCAGCGGUUUUGGGGAGGGCAUGCAGUUUCGCUCUAGCGUUGCCAGCUUUAACACCGAAACGCAUGCAUGGCGUACCUGGGCAACCACUCAGAGUGGAGCUGCGGCCAUGACACGCGGCUACAGCGCUUGCUUCAAAAUUCAGGACAACAUUUUCGAGUAUGGCGGACAAGUAGGCUCAAAAGCUCUGGAAUCCAUCACUCUCUUCAUGCCCAACAGCAACGAGUGGUGGGAACUUGUCAAUACUCAGUCGCCUACCACUCGGCGCUUUGCGGGUACCGCCACCACGCACAUGCUGGGCUAUCCCGCACUCAUCACCACUGGCGGCGCGGCGGCGGGCUUAUACUUUUCUGACAUGUAUCUCAUGCUCGAUGCCAAUGUCAGCGGGUAUCACUGGUACUUUCAGCCCACCAGCGCCAACAUGACGCGGCGCUCAGGCCAUGCCAUGUCCCUGGACGGUGACAACAUUUUUAUUCACUUUGGGCUGACCUAUGAUGGUAGCUCUUCAGAAACCAUUCUCAACGAGCUCUACUAUGGCAACAUGAAAGUUUUGUCCUGUCCCUGCCCACCCCCCCGGGCGUUUGUCAUGUCAGCCACCCACCCCACUGAGCCCGUGUUUUACGUGUACGGUGGCGCCGACUACCGCGCCUUUGGCGGCGUCAUCGACCUCAGCUAUCCGAUGCUGCGCGACUCCUUCUGGAAGUUUGACAUGCGAACACAAAUCUGGACCGAUUUGACCAACUACUCGGCAGGGGACUAUCCUCCGCCGUCCUUUUUUGGCAACGCUGAAUGGACCAUGGUGCAGGGCAAGCCCGUGUUUGUCAUGGUGCUUGGAUUGACUACUUCGCGACCCAACGUGGAGAAGCCCGUGUUCAUCAACACACUCACCAUUUCUUCCGAUGUUUACCUCUGGGAUACGCGGCGCUGGACGCACCUGCAAGCAGCGCAAGGCCCCGCGUCCUUGUCUCAGGUGCACCUCUCGGCGCGCUGGGCGCGGUCCAUGACCCGACUCUCCGAUCAGGAGACACUUGUCAUUUACGGUGGCGCCAUAACCCAGUACAAUACGAGUACGGAAGAAAGCGAGCCUAGCAACGAUGCCUUCCUCCUGUGGCUGGCCAACACGACCCACUAUUUCGCACAAACUUGUAAUUUUUCUAACCCUCCUGCGCGAUACGGGCAUACCGCCUUUUUGAACAGCGAGGAUCGGCUGCUCCUGAUUGGUGGCAGUGACCUGAACGAGCAAUCUGGAUUGGCCUUUGAGCUCGAGCUCUCCUGCGACGUCGGCACCAAGCAAAACGGAAGUUUUGGUCACGCUGCCUGUGCCCUCUGCCCUAUUGGCGCAUACAAUUCCGUGCCUGGUGCCAGCGAUUGCACAGCUUGUCCAAAUGACACCACGACAAUAUUCGCGGGCUCGAUCAGCGAUCGUAAUUGCUCGCUGUGCGUAGACGGGCGAAAGUUUUGUUCUGCCAAUGGAGAGUGUGAGGUAGAUCUGACGACCUUUGAGCGGCGCUGCAAAUGCGAGCUGGGGUUUUCGGGCACACACUGCGAGGUCCCCUUCUUGAAGGUGAUUGCGUACGUGUGCUUUGGCCUGCUGGUGCUCUCUGGGUCACUGUUUUGCUUCUUCCGCAAAAAAAUCCGUCAAGCUCGUCAACGCGAUGGUCUUCGCCAACUCCUAUUGGAUGAAAAAGAGCAAGAGCUUACGGUCAAGCAGCAACAGCUCGAGGAGCUCGAACGCGCGCUCACCGUUCAGAUGGAUGAGCUGACGUUUGUGCGUCGCAUUGACAAGGAGGCACCGGGCGCUUUUGGUGAGGUGUGGCUGUGUCGCUUCAACGAUAUUGACGUGGCAGUCAAGCGACUCAAGGGCCAUCUGGCGGACAUGGACCCAAGCCUCAACGAAGAAUUUUUGAACGAGAUCAAGUUUAUGCGCACGCUUCGCCACCCCAACAUUGUCUACUUCUUUGGCGCGGGUGUCCAUGAGGAGCAGUCCUUUUUGGUGUUGGAGUACAUGGGCCGCGGCUCAUUGACCAAGACGCUGGACAACGAGAGCAUCGAUCUACCGUGGUCUCGCCGCAUUGCAUUUGCCCGAGAUGCCGCAGCAGGCAUGGCUUUUCUGCAUGCAUUGUCCCCGCCGCGCAUCCAUCGCGAUUUGAAGAGCCCGAAUCUUUUGAUCAGCCAGGGCUGGACCCUGAAGGUGGCCGACUUUGGUACGGCCAAGCUCGCAUCACUCGUGAGCAACCAGGAGGGCAACUUUCUGGAGAGCAACAGCGAUGCCAUCAGCGACAUGACCAUGACCAAAGGUGUGGGAACACUUCUUUGGACGUCGCCGGAAACAUUAUCGGGUGGUCAUUACUCGCUUCCUGCAGACGUCUACUCGUUUGCGAUUGUCAUGUGGGAAAUUGCCACGCGUAAAUUGCCUUGGAGCGAGUUGACGCGCUCCUGGGAUGUUGCAGCGGCCGUGGAAGAGGGGCGGCGCCCCACGGUCCCUGCUGUACCUGUCAAAGCGUUUACGGAUCUCAUGCAGGCGUGCUGGGAUCAAGAGCCCUCAGCGCGACCCACGUUUGCGCAGGCCGAGGCGAUGCUGAAGCAAAUUUCUGCUGAGUCAGAUGUCAACAGCCAAGAAUCUUUUGAAGCCGAAGCAUGA